GUUUGCUUCUGCAAACUUGACAGCGAGUGAGCAGUGCAGCAACUUCUUUAAAAAAAAAAAAAAAAGAAGAAGAAAAAUCAUCAUGCCAGCUUUGAGUCUGCACCUGACUCUGCUUUUGUUCCUUGUUUGCAUUUGCCCGGUGCUCAUCUCCUGCAGCAGGACCGCCGCCGCAUUAACCAGCACCGCACGGCCCGAAGGAAACUCCACCGAGUCGGGCUCCUUUCCAGCAGCGCCCGCCGACCGCAACCGGGCUCUGAAGUCCACCAGUCGAAAAGCUACGAGUAAGGAGCCAGAAACUCCACGACACUUAGAGAGGAAGCCCAUCAGGAGCGGGAAGAUAGCAAAGAAGCCCAAAAUUGUCCUCAAGAAACCUAAAGUUGCCUCCAAAAGGCCAAAAGUUGUUCAGAAAUCCAAGGCCAGCCCGCCGGUUGCCAAGGACACAGCGACACAAUGUCCUCCACUGGGUCUGGAGUCCCUCAAGGUGAAAGACACCCAGCUGAGGGCGUCGUCCUACAAGCGGCGGGGCUUGGGCCCCCACCGCGGGCGACUCAACAUUCAGUCGGGCAUCGAGGAUGGCGACAUCUAUGACGGAGCCUGGUGCGCCCACGAGCGCGACACAAAGCAGUGGCUAGAGGUGGACGCCCUAAGACUGACACGCUUCACCGGUGUCAUCCUGCAGGGGCGCAAUUCCAUCUGGAGUUGGGACGUGGUUUACACGUAUAAGGUGCAGUUCAGUAACGACUCCCAGCUGUGGACAGCAUGCAUGAACGGGACUCAGGAGGCCGUUUUCCAAGGCAACCGUGACGCGGAGACGCCGGUGCUGGCCGUCUUCAACACGUCCACGGUGGCGCGAUACAUCCGGAUCAAUCCUCAGACGUGGUACCAGAACGGGACGCAGGGAAACAUUUGCCUCAGGGCUGAGGUGCUGGGCUGCACGUUGCCAGAUCCCAACAUGGCGUACCCGUGGCAGACGCAAGUCACCAGGGACACACUGGACUUCAGGCACCACAACUACAAUGAGAUGAGGAAGUUGAUGAAGGCGGUGAAUGAGGCUUGCCCCAACAUCACCCGUGUGUACAGCAUCGGGAAGAGCUACAAUGGGCUUCAGCUGCUCGUCAUGGAGAUCUCAGACAAUCCGGGAACACACGAACUGGGGGAACCGGAGUUCCGCUACGUAGCAGGGAUGCACGGGAACGAGGUCUUGGGUCGUGAGCUCCUUCUCAACCUGAUGCAGUUCAUGUGUCGCGAGUACAAGCUCGGAAACCAGCGUGUCGUCCGCUUGGUCGAAGACACUCGCAUCCACCUGCUGCCCUCCAUGAACCCUGACGGAUACGAGAUGGCCUUCAAAAAGGGCUCGGAAUUGUCCGGGUGGACUCUGGGCCGGUACAGCUAUGAAGGCAUCGACAUGAACCACAACUUUGCCGACCUCAACUCAGUCAUGUGGAACGCCUUCGAACUGGAGACCAACCGCUCCAAACUCAUCAACCAUUACUUCCCAAUCCCUGAGCAGUACAACUCGAAGGAUGCCUUUGUGGCAUCCGAGACCAGAGCCGUCAUCAGCUGGAUGCAAAAAAUCCCGUUUGUGCUCGGCGCCAACCUUCACGGUGGAGAGCUGGUGGUCACGUAUCCGUUUGACAUGACCCGCGACUGGGCGCCUCAAGAGCACACGCCCACCCCGGACGAGAGCUUCUUCCGGUGGCUGGCAGUCGCCUAUGCCAGCACCAAUCAGGUGAUGUCCAACCCCGACCGGCGGCCUUGCCACAAUAAGGACUUCAUCCGCUACAACAACAUCAUCAACGGUGCUGCGUGGCACAACGUACCUGGAAGCAUGAACGACUUCAGCUACCUGCACACGAACUGCUUCGAGGUGACGGUGGAGUUGUCCUGCGACAAGUUCCCGCACGCCAGCGAGCUUCCCAUCGAGUGGGAGAACAACCGAGAGUCUCUGCUGGUCUACGUCGAGCAGGUGCACAGGGGCAUCAAAGGCGUUGUCCGGGACAAAGAUACGGAGGCGGGAAUCUGUAACGCCAUCAUUCAAGUCGAAGACAUUGACCAUCACAUCCGAUCAGCCGCCAGUGGCGACUACUGGCGCCUGCUGAACCCCGGCGAGUACCGCGUGACGGCCAGCGCCGCCGGCUACCUGCCGUCCUCACGCACCUGCCAGGUCAUGUACGACUACUUCCCCACUGUCUGCGAUUUCCACCUGGUGAAGGAGCCCCGGCUGAGGCUCAAGGAAACAAAGCUUGAAAAAGGCGGCCAGCUCACAAGAGAACUGCGCCUGCGCCGACUGCGCAAGCUGAAGGUGGCCGGCAGACGUGCCAAAACUAUGUGAGGGUGACCACUUCAUUAACUCUGGAUAAAAAAAUUGUUGCUGGAAAUAAAUCUUUCUUACAUAA